AUGACAUUGACUCAGUCUGGAAAUGACAAUUCAGUGAUAGUACAAUCAGAUGCAUGCCAACAUCGGCAGCGCGAAUUGCAGUAUCGUAGUGUGACCGGUACAGAGCUCAUCAACAUGUCCAAUUCGGAACCAAGUUCUUACAUUAUGCGUUGCCAAAUUACAACUAGAAUUGAUAGCGAACAACGCAUCGCUCCAAGCACUUCUCAGACAUUUAAAAUUUUGUCAAUUUCAAAAAAAACCUUGGAAAAUGGCGAUGAAGACGAUUUAGAUCUCACAACUUCUGUCAUUUCGAAUUGUCGACAGUUACAUUCCCAGCCGACAGUACUUUUGUCCCAGCCAGCAACAGCUGGUGACACUGUCAAGAAAGUUCACUAA